AGUAACUUCCCUCCAACAGUCGCACGCUUGUAUCCCACAGCUCCAGCCCAGUGAGAGAGAGGGAGAGGGAGGGAGAGGGAGAGGGAGGAGAGAUAGAGGGCUCUGCAGAGACAGGUACAGCUGUUUCUACCGAAACUGGGCAAAAAACAUUCCGACCUAACUUUGUGGACUGGUGCACUGACCCGGGAGAGUUUGCUGGGAUUUGGGAACUGGAGCCUUUGGAAACGGACAGCCAGACCCUAUACCAAGCACCCCCUUCUCCCCGUCUCACCGCAGCUGAAACCUACUGGAUCUCAAACCCUCCAAACGUAAAGACAGCGUGGAAUACAAUUUGGAGCCUGGAGCCUACUCGCCUCAUUCUCUGCCCCCACGUUGAUCGAUCAGUUUUUAUUGAAGGAAGGGAUAUGCUGGGUUCUGUGAAGAUGGAAUCACAUGAGAUCCCCGAGUGGACCAGUUUAUAUUCGGACCCUGGCGAGAUCUACCCGGUGGUGACCAACAUGAAUCCCAGCCUUGGCUCGAUGAACGGAUACAUGGGCAUGAAUUCCAUGGGGUCUGUCGGCAACCUGUCGCCUGCCUCCCUCAACAUGUCCUACACCAACCUCAGCCCGCCCCUCUCGGUGCUGCCCCCCACCAUCGGCCAGCUCGCCAACGGGCAAUCGUCGGUACAGUGCUCCAUCAGUCCCGGCAUCGGACCGCACGCUGGGCAGACCCCACCGAUCAACUCCAUCUCCUACCAGCCCAUGAACCAGCACCUGGGCUCCUUGGCCUACUCACCGGGACUGAGCCGAGGGAAGGAGCCAAAACCCUAUCGGAGGAACUUCAGCCAUGCCAAGCCCCCUUACUCCUAUAUCUCCCUGAUCACCAUGGCCAUCCAGCAAGCCCCCAGCAAGAUGCUGACUCUCAACGAGAUCUACCAGUGGAUCAUGGACCUCUUCCCCUACUACAGGGAGAACCAGCAGCGUUGGCAGAAUUCCAUCCGCCACUCUCUCUCCUUCAACGACUGCUUCGUCAAAGUGCCCCGCUCCCCGGACAAGCCGGGCAAGGGUUCCUACUGGGCACUGCACCCGGACUCGGGCAACAUGUUCGAGAACGGCUGCUACCUGCGCCGCCAGAAGCGCUUCAAGUGCCAGAAGGAGAAGCUGGCGGCCCGCUCGGGCCUCGACCCCGGUGCCAAGGGGCUGGAGAACGUGCCCGAGGGCAAGGCCCCGAGCCCCGGCUCCGAGGACGCGGAGUCCAGCCGCUCGGACACCUCGCCGGGCUCGGACGAGCAGAGGACGCUGACCGAGCUGAGGUGCCAGCGGGUGGAUCACCCAAACUCCACGGCCACCCCUUCCCCCCACAGCAUGGGCCACCCGCUCCUGCCGUCCUCCAUCCAGCACCUUCCCGACCUCCACAACGAGCUGAAGAUGGACCCUCACUACAGCUUCAACCACCCCUUCUCAAUCACCAACCUGAUGUCCUCCGAGCAGUCUCACAAGAUGGACCUCAAACUCUACGAGCAAACACUACCCUACAGUAACACGUACAACUCGCUGGUGGGCAAAACUGGCUACGACACGCCGGGGCCCAUCAACGACUCGAGCUCCUACUACCAGGUGAUGUACAACAGGUCGGUUCUCAACACUUCCUAACCACCGAUCCCACAUCAGACGGAAUGAGAACUGCAGACCAGUACCCUGUAUGGACUGUCCAUAACAUCUCAACCUCUCCGUGUUCACCAGGGACUCAACCGAUGCCACCAUUAUUCAGCCAUCCCCCACACCCCCAUCCUGUCUAUAGAAAGAGCCGGGAGCAGCAGUAGGCCACUCGGCCCCUCAAGCCUGUACCUGAAUAUCAUCAUGGUUGCCCUUCCCUUAGCCUCUUCUGCGCCACUUUUCCAUAACUCUCAUAUCCUGACUUUUGCAAAUAUUUAUCUAUCUCCGCCUUAAAUAUAUCUAAUGGCUCAACCUCCGCCACCCCAGAGAUUCCCUCGCCUUUGAGAAACAUUUCUAACCCCCUCAGUUUUAAGUGUGCAAUUAAUGUUGGGCAAACGUCCAAUGUCAAGCAUCCUCAUGUCCAUGACUCUCCCAACAAGGAAGACAUCCCAACAUCUACCUCAUCUCCAGCCCCCUUACAGUCUUACAUGCUUGAGUAAGGUCUGCAGAGUUGAUUAGAGGUCAUGGAAUCUUACAGCAUUCACACGGGUUCAUUGGCGCCUUGAGUUUACACGUGGCACGGCUGGUAGAGCCUCUACCUCCCAGCGCCAGAGGCCCAGGUUCGAUCCUGGCUACAGAUGUUGUCUGUGACUAUAUGGGUUUCAUCUGGGUGCUCCGGUUUCCUCUCACGCUCCAAGGACCGACAGAUUUAUAGGUCAACUGCCUUUGGUAAGUUGUAAAAUUGUCCCUAGAGUGUAGGAAAGUGCGCGUUUGUGUGAUGAUCGCUGGUCGGCACGGACUCGGUGGGCCGAAGGAUCUAGUUCCAUGCUGUAUCUCUAAAGUCCAAAGACGGCUGUGGAGACCAAAUCUUUGGUCUUUUUAAAGGCGGAGAUUUACACAUUUUUGAUUAGUACAGGUGUCAAAAGUUAUGGGGAGAAGGCAAGAGAGUGGGGUUGAAGGGGAAGAUAGAUCAGCCAGGAUUGAAUGGUGGAGUAGACUCGAUGGGCCGAAUAGCCUAAUUCUGCUCCUAUGACAUGAACUUAUGAACACACCUGAAGGGUUUCUUGCUGAUAAAUCACAGAGGUUUUUGAAUGUUGAUUUUCAGGAGCAUUGCUAUUGUUUGGGGCCCUUGGGUAGGUGCUGAGAUUCAGUUUGACACGCAAUUCCUAUUGAAGUGCCUGUGGCUGGAGGUUUGAGUGCACUUUGCUUAUGCUUAUCAUAUAGUGCAAUACUUCAUUCACAAGCGAAGGAUAACAUUCCCAUUGUCCCCGGAACAAUGUCCCCUGAAACAGUAGGCCCAGAAUCACUCUGAAUCUGUGGAAUUGCAUCCCAAUAAUAGUCAGCGUUCCGGAAAUUGUAUUUUUGUAAUAUUUAACAUACCCAGAACCCGUGUCCCAGCCUCAGUUGGCAGCACAGGACCGUAUCAUAGCAACGGUCAAUGUUCCCGGAAAUGAGCCUCACAGAUAUAUCUUACAACUGAACCUCAGUAUCAGACAGUCUCCCUGGAUCUGUACCCCUAGCAAUUUUACAUCUGUUUCUCAGCCACAGAAGGCAUUCCCGGAUCUGUACUCAAGGAACAGUCACCAAGUAUGGAACUCUAUCCUAAUAUCUGUUGGCAGCAUUGGAACCGGAUCCUGGCAACAGGCAGCACCUCAGGAACUGUAUCCUGGCAAUAGCUUAGGAACUGUAACCUAGCGACAAUCACCAUCCCUGGAACUGUAUUCUGGUAAUAGUCAGUAUCUUUGGAACUGUAUCUUAGCAACGGCAGCCAUCUUGGGAUCUGUAUCCCCGGCAACAGUCGGCAACCCUGGAAGUGUAUCCUGGCAACAGUUGCCAUCUUAGGAACUGUAUCCCUAGCAACAGUCGGCAUCCCUGGAACUGGAACCUGGCAACAGUUGCCAUCUUAGGAACUGUAUCCCAGCAACAGUCGGCAUCCCUGGAACUUUAACCUGGCAACAGCUGCCAUCUUAGGAAUUGUACCCUAGCAACAGUCGGCAUCCCUGGAAUUGUAACCUGGCAACAGCUGCCAUCUUAGGAAUUGUACCCUAACAACAGUCGGCAUCCCUGGAACUGUAACCUGGUAACAGGCCGCACCUUAGAAACUGUAUCUUAGCAACGGCAGCCAUCUUGGGAUCCGCAUCCUAGCAACAGGGAGAUCCUCAGGAACUGUAUCCUGACAACAGUCGGCAUCUCUGGAGCUGAGCGCAGCAACAAGGAUGGACUCCAGGAGAGGCGGAGGUUGGAUGGGAAAUGGAGGGUGGUCGCGGGGGACCCAAUAACAUAUAUAUUUAAAAUGCAUUUCAACUGAGAGAGACUGAGAAGGGGCAGGACCACCAUGUGUUAAAAUGAGUUCUUUUAUCUUCUCUGCAGUUUGAAGCAUAGGAUAGUCAGGAUUUUUUUACCUUUUGGUAAUUGGUUUAUGAGGUGAAUGUAGAUAUUGUCCUUUGGCCUAAAUGUGUAAAACAGAUAAAAUUUAAUUUUAUUAAGAAUAUUGUAAAUCGUUACAGAUUGAAGUUGGGUUCUGGAGAUUAGUUUCUGUAUUUAAUGUGCUUUUAGCAAUGUUUUUUCUUUGUAUUUUUAAUGUAUCUUAGAAUAGCUUGUUGAACGUCUUAUUUAAUUACACAUUGAGAGAGAAGGGAAGGAGACCUCAGUGAUAACCUCCCGAGCAACCUCCCUCUGAACAGACUUUACACCGCAUGCACUUUAACUGGGGCUAAUGGCACGAGCCUAAAUAUGAAGGCAAAUGUGAUCUGGGGGCAUCCAAACUGGCCUAAUACCACAGGCACUCGUACUGUGCCUUGUACCACAGGCCUGUAACUGGGCCUUGUACCACAGGCACUGUAACUUUGCAUAGUACCGCAGGUCUGUAAUCGGGCCUAGUACCGCAGGCCUAAUGCCACAGGCCUGUAACUGGGCCCAAUGUCACAGACCUAAUGUCACAGGCCUGUAACUGGGCAUGGUACCACAGGUUUGUAACCAAGCCUAGUGCCACUGGCAUUGUAACUAGACCUAGUACCACAAGCCUAAAACUGGGCCUAGUGACACAGGCCUCUAACCGGCCUGGUGCCAUAGGCCUGUAAAUGGGCCCACUGUCACAGGCCUGUAACCAGACCUAAGGCCACUGGCACUGUAACUAGACCAAGUUCCACAAACCUAAAGCUGGGCCUAGUGCCACAGGCCUCUAACCGGGCCUUGAGUCAGCGGCUGGUAACCGGACCUAAUGCCACAGGCCUGUAAUCGGGCCUAGCGCCAGAAGCUUAUAAUCAGGCCUAGUGCCAUAGGCUUAUAACUGGGCCUAGUGUCACAGGCCAAUAACCAGGCCUGGUGCCACAGGCCUGUAACCGGGCCUAGAAACAGUCCUCAGUGUCCCAUGCACCAGGGACCAGCUGGUUGCAGUCCCGGUACUCUGAGCAGAUACUGUAGUUACCAGAGCAGUAACCAGGCGGUCUGCUUGCUGUUUGGUGAGCUGGCUUCUGUGUAGGUGUUGGUGAUGCCAGCGCAGAAGGAGCGGCAGCAGAUGCAGGCCUCGUGCCCAUUUUCCCCGCGCGGUGCCCAUUCUUUAAGAGGGCCCAGGUUGCUUAAUCCCCCGCUCCUUCCCUGGGUGAGGAUGAAGAAGUACAUCAGUCGGGAGCUCUCUCAGUCAGACCAUGCUUCCGACCGACUCUUUGUUAAAUUUGUGAUGACAAUUAUAUUAAAAAAAUGAAAUUAUUUUCAGUA